ACCGAUGACUGACACAAUAUCAGCAAUUGCAUAGGAAACUAACGAUAAGUUAACAACGCAAAAUACGAACCGAGAUAACGGAUCGGCCGAUAUAAAUUGCGUUGCGUUAUAAUAAUUCCUUUGUCCUGUCUCAUCUAUAUUUUCUAAGAAUUGUAUUUACCGACUAAAUAAUUUAUUCGGAUAAAAUAUUUCGUCCGAUUAAAAUUUUUUAACGUAUGUGCGUCAUACCAGCAAAUCUACAUAGUUGACAGUGAAUAUAAUGUUUCUGCAUUUUGGUGCAUCUUCAUCCACUCUUCGUAAUUUUUCUUAGUGUCUCUUUUCCGGUCAUUUAUUUAUUUAUUUAUUUAUUUAUCAAUUCCUACUCGUAUGUUAAGCCACAACAUGAGUAGGGAUUGAUAAAUAUGGUUGAUGGUAAAUAAAUAUCCGGAGUCAUUACAAAUGACCCAACUUGAGAUAUCUAAAUAUCUUUAUAUACGAUUAUAUAUAAUGUGUAUUUUUUGACAUAUUGACAAAGUUGCAAAAUGAGAUAACUUUCAUACAUUGAGGAUAACGUUGAGAAGUUAAGUUAGCUGUCAGGUCAGGUCAAGUUAUAGAUAGGUCAGUUGCAUAGUAUUGAAUGCAAAAAUUGUUUUUAACGUUAUAAUGCAUUCAUGUUACAUGCGUAUGUUUGAAAAGCGAUAAAUAAAUAACACAAGCCAUAUACUGCAAUGGAUGGUCUUAAAAAGCCCAAACUUUGAUCGGCUAUUUGGUAAAUAUAUAGUUUUGAUACAUGUCAACCUCUGCGUAAAAUAGGAUGCUAAUUUUUUGCAUUGCAGUUUGACCAUCUCUUCUCAACAGUUCUUUAUUAAGCAUUUAGUCAAAUAUUUUUAAAAAUGUUUUCUAGAACGGGCCCUUUACAACUCGUGCUUUGCAUGAUUAUCUUUCCCUUUUUGUACUCCGUGACGCUAGUCGUGUUCGUAGUUAACGAAUCUGUGAGAUUGGUAGUGCGGAUAAUUCUGCGAGUUCAAUUUGGAGACGACGUGAUUUUAAUUGAGGAUGGGUGUGACGCCUUCAUAACUCAAGAUAUAGAAGGGCAACUUCACAAUGCAACUAUAUUUUUCAUAGUACCGAAGGGCAGCCUAACACCUAAAAAUGUUGCGGAAUUUUAUGAAGCGAACGUUCAAAACUUCGUGGAGAAGAAGACUGGUCGGAGAAUAUACGCCAAACUGGAAAACAUAACUUCUUCCGCGUACGGAUACAUGUGUUGGCGCCGCGAUCUUAAUUUUAACGUCCGGAACCACAUUAUCCAACAGGACACGGAAACGGUCUUUACCAAGAAGACGUUGACGGAACUAUAUACGAAAGAAUAUAGUAGUCCGCUGCCUGACUCAAAACCACAAUGGCAGAUUAGCAUCAUUCCCAAAUAUGAUGAUGGGAGUGGGGCGAUAAAAUCAAUCCUGCACUUGUACACGAGGCACAACUACAUGGACGGCAUUUCUGCAGCCAUGAUAUGGAAAAAUUGCUUCUGUCCAACCUCUGAACUUGGACUUGAUCCAGUUACAUUUAAAGUUUCUCUCGUUCUCAAUUUUCUCAUGCAUUUAAAAAGUUUUUUCUACUUACCCUUGUUUUUCUUCGCACUUGCAUGGGAGCGUCACAUGCUGCAAAUGUGGAUCCCAAAUCCAGACAAGAUAUCCCCGCGACAAAAAUUUUUUGCAUGGGAUGGUAACCCCGUUGAUCUGGCGGACAUGAAAAUAAUUAAAAGUUGGGCUGGAGCCAUGGAUGGCGGAUGUCGCGUUUCAAUUUCGAACGUAUUGAGCACCGCGAUCCUUCGCGCAAUGAGGGCGACCUUCCCUAAAGAACGGUUGGUGGAGGACCUUAUUUUCCUUGAAGUCGUUGCAAUUCUACCCUAUCCGAAUUAUCGAUUGAGGAAUCGCAUAAGUUACAUGACGUAUUCCAUACCAAAAGAAGAAUGUGAAGUUCAAACAUCUCCAGUGGCCGGGCUAUUGCGAGAUUUAAAGCAAAUCAAGGCCCUCGCGACAAAGGCCAUGUCGGGCCCGGAUGUGUUAGGAACAUUUUACAUGCAAAAGUAUUUCGGCAAGUUGCCACGUUUCUUGGGCCCACUGUGGUUAAAAGGUGGUUUCUCCUCUAUUGCAAUUUCCCCGCUGCCGUGGUCCAAGAAAAAAGGGGGGAUUGCUUCGUCCCUGUGUAACGUUCCGGUUGAAAGAAUUAGAGGAAUUGCUAGCCAUGCCUCCGAUUUGGGUCUGGUACUGUGUUGUGAAACGUAUGGGGACGAGAUCAGUUUUGGAGGAACUGGGGACUCGUCCUGGGUGUCGAGAGAGGAAUUGAACAAUUUAGUUGUGCAGAUUGGCCGAGAGGUAUCGAAAAUGGUGGAAAUCGUAGAUUCGAAUCAUAAAGAGGUGAACUUUUGUGAAAUUCUAGAAUUGAAUUAAUAAAUAUGGAUGAAUUCGUUUAAAUAAUUU